CUGCAUGAAGGUGACAAGGAGGAUGACUAUGCUGACAUCCUGAUCUACGUGACGGGCUGCGUGCUCUUCAUCCUGGCCGUCGUCAUCAUCAUCCUCUGUCGUAUGAGGAUGUCUACCCAGAAGACCCUGCCCUCCCCGCCCAUACAGAAACUCUCCAAGUUCCCCUUAAAGAGACAGGUAACAGAAAGUAGAUACAAGAUUUCCAACAAACCUUUAAACCUUUAUACCUUCCUCUCUUCCUAUGUUACUGUAGCAGACAUUGGCCUUUUAUCAAUUACAUGUUCUCACCGCCUGCGACCUCUCUCCUUUGUCCUCUCUCGCCUCCUUUUGAAAAAGGUCAAAGUUAAUCGGGGAGAGCCGGUGAGCAGAGUGAACGUGGAUGGAAAUGAGAAGGUCCUUCUCCCCUCGCGUCAUUUGGCAAAUAAUGUUUACAGGAGUUGGUUCACAAAAUAAAUGUGUAAAGUGAUCAAACAAAUUAAGUUAGUUGUGCAAGACAUUUUCUAGAUAAAACAAUAAGUAACUGGCCUCCCAAGUGGCGCAGCGGUCUAAGGCACUGCAUCGCACUGUUGCGGCGUCACUACAGACCCGGGUUUGAUCCCAGGCUGGGUCACAACCGGCCGGGACUAGGAGUCCCAUAGGGCGCCGCACAAUUGGCCCAGCGUUGUCCGGGUUAGGGGAGGGUUUGGCCCAGCGUUGUCCGGGUUAGGGGAGGGUUUGGCCCAGCGUUGUCCGGGUUAGGGGAGGGUUUGGCCCAGCGUUGUCCGGGUUAGGGGAGGGUUUGGCCCAGCGUUGUCCGGGUUAGGGGAGGGUUUGGCCCAGCGUUGUCCGGGUUAGGGGAGGGUUUGGCCCAGCGUUGUCCGGGUUAGGGGAGGGUUUGGCCCAGCGUUGUCCGGGUUAGGGGAGGGUUUGGCCCAGCGUUGUCCGGGUUAGGGGAGGGUUUGGCCCAGCGUUGUCCGGGUUAGGGGAGGGUUUGGCCCAGCGUUGUCCGGGUUAGGGGAGGGUUUGGCCCAGCGUUGUCCGGGUUAGGGGGGGUUUGGCCCAGCGUUGUCCGGGUUAGGGGAGGGUUUUGGCCCAGCGUUGUCCGGGUUAGGGGAGGGUUUGGCCCAGCGUUGUCCGGGUUAGGGGAGGGUUUGGCCCAGCGUUGUCCGGGUUAGGGGAGGGUUUGCACUGGGGGGGGCUUUACUUGGUUCAUUGCGCUCUAGCGACUCCUUGUGGCGGACUGUGCGCCUGCAGGCUGACUUUGGUCGUCAGUUGAACAGUGUUUCCUCCGACACAUUGGUGCUUCUGGGUUAAGCGGGUGGGUGUUAAGAAGCGUGGCUCGGCGGUUCAUGUUUCAGAGGACGCAUGACUCGACCUUUGCCUCUCCUGAGCCCGUUGGGGAGUUGCAGCGAUGAGACAAGAUCGUCAUUGGAUAUCACGAAAUUGGGGAGAAAACAGGGGUACAACAACAAAAAAUAACAUAUUGUGGGGAUGUUUUUCUCCUCUGACAAAACAAAGCUGAUUCAAAGUGCUGUGGCAGAUUUCAAAUGUCUUCCGUGGUAGGUUACACAUGAGUAUCCUCGAUGAAAGGAAGCUAUGGAGGAGGGUAGGACUCUCUUCUGUUUGCCUACUAACAAACUGACACACUCCUCGACCUCUCAAUCACUUAUCUCACUGUGAGGGGCCUGUUUCUCAAACUAGACACUCUAAUGUAUUUGUCCUCUUGCUCAGUUGUGCACCGGGGCCUCCCACUCCUCUUUCUAUUCUGGUUAGAGCCAGUUUGCGCUGUUCUGUGAAAGGAGUAGUACACAGCGUUGUACGAGAUCUUCAGUUUCUUGGCAAUUUCUCGCAUGGAAUAGCCUUCAUUUCUCAGAACAAGAAUAGACUGACGAGUUUCAGAAGAAAGUUAUUUGUUUCUGGCCAUUUUGAGCCUGUAAUCGAACCCACAAUUGCUGAUGCUCCAGAUACUCAACUAGUCUCAAGAAGGCCAGUUGUAUUGCUUCUUUAAUCAGCACAACAGUUUUCAGCUGUGCUAACAUAAUUGCAAAAGGGUUUUCUAAUGACCAAUUAGCCUUUUAAAAUGAUAAACUUGGAUUAGCAAACACAACGUGCCAUUGGAACACAGGACUGAUGGUUGCUGAUAAUGGGCCUCUGUACGCCUAUGUAGAUAUUCCAUUAAAAACCAGCCGUUUCCAGCUACAAUAGCCAUUUACAACAUUAACAAUGUCUGCACUGUAUUUCUGAUCAAUUUGAUGUUAUUUUAAUGGACAAAAAAAAUGCUUUUCUUUCGAAAACAAGGACAUUUCUAAGUGACCCCAAACUUUUGAACGGUAGUGUAUGUGUAUAUAUAUAUAUAUAUGCACUAUAUAUUCAAAUUAGUGGAUUUGGCUAUUUCAGCCACACCUUUGCUGAGAGGUGUAUAGAAUCGAGCACACAGCCAUGCAAUCUCCAUAGACAAACAUUGGCAGUAGAAUGGCCUUACUGAAGAGCUCAGUGACUUUCAACGUGGCACCGUCAUAGGAUGCCAACUUUCCAACAAGUCAGUUCGUCAAAUUUCUGCCCUGCUAGAGCUGCCCCGGUCAACUGUAAGUGCUGUUAUUGUGAAGUGGAAACAUCUAGGAGCAACAACGGCUCAGCCGCGAAGUGGUAGACCACACAAGCUCACAGAACGGGACUGCCAAGUGCUGUCCUCGGUUGCAACACUCACUACCGAGUUCUAAACUGCCUCUGGAAGCAACAUCAGCACAAGAACUGUUCGUCGGGAGCUUCAUGAAAUGGGUUUCCAUGGCCGAGCAGCCGCACACAAGCCUAAGAUCACCAUGUGCAAUGCCAAGCGUCGGCUGGAGGGGUGUAAAGCUCGCUGCCAUUGGACUCUGGAGCAGUGGAAACGAGUUCUGUGGAGUGAUGAAUCACGCUUCACCAUCUGGCAGUCCGACAGACGAAUCUGGAUUUGGUGGAUGCCAGGAGAAUGCUACCUGCCCCAAUGCAUAGUGCCAACUGUAAAGUUUGGUGGAGGAAAAAUAAUGGUCUGAGGCCACUUAGUUCCAGUGAAGGGAAACCUUAACGCUACACCAUACAAUGACAUUCUAGAAGGUUCUGUGCUUCCAACUUUGUGGCAACAGUUUGGGUUAAGGCCCUUUCCUGUUUCUGCAUGACAAUGCCCCCGUGCGCAAAGCGAUGUCCAUACAGAAAGGGUUUGUUGAGAUCGGUGUGGAAGAACUUGACUGGCCUGCACAGAGCCCUGACCUCAACCCCAUCGAACACCUUUGGGAUGAAUUGGAACGUCCACUGUGAGCCAGGCCUAAUCGCCCAACAUCAGUGCCCGACCUCACUAAUGGUCUUGUGGCUGAAUGGAUGCAAGUCCCUGCAGCAAUGUUCCAACAUCUAGUGGAAAGCCUUCCCAGAAGAGUGGAGGCUGUUAUAGCAGUAAAGGGGGGACCAACUCUAUAAUAAUAAUAAUAAUAUGCCAUUUAGCAGACGCUUUUAUCCAAAGCGACUUACAGUCAUGUGCGCAUACAUUUUUACGUAUGGGUGGUCCCAGGGAUCGAACCCACUACCCUGGCGUUACAAGCAUCAUGCUCUACCAGCUGAGCUACAGAGGACCACUAUAUCCAUAUUAAUGCCCAUGAUUUUAGAAUGAGAUGUUCGACGAGCAGCUGUCCACAUACUUUUGGUCAUGUAGUGUAUGUAUAUACCACUACUGUCUCUAUACCACUACCACUACUUUAUCCUGCCCUGCUCCUAAUACUCCCAGAUAUACACCCGUCACUGAAGAAGACCGGAGGUUUCAGAGAGGAGGCCAUCUUUCAAAGAAAUGACCCAGUGGAGUGAAUCAACCUGAUGCACCCUGCCUGUUGAAACAGCACAUUCCUCUCCUCCCUCGUCCCUCGCUCCUCUUCAGAGAUUAUAACAGUCUGUCUUUAUCACCCAGCAGGUUUCCUUGGAGUCUAACUCCUCCAUGAACUCCAACACGCCAUUGGUCAGGAUUGCACGCCUGUCGUCCAGCGAUGGACCAAUGCUGUCCAACGUCUCAGAGCUGGAGCUUCCAUCAGACCCCAAAUGGGAGUUCUCUAGGACCAGGUGAGACAGAGAGAUACCCGUUACCUUAGCAACGCCUGGAGAAAUACCAUAGCUAGCACUGUAGGACUCAGUAUAUCAGUCUGUUACCAAGAGACAGCUGGGUGGCUUUAGACUUGUUGUUUAGAUAAUGCUGCUGCAGGAAAUAAUUAUUUUGAGGAUUGAAAUACACAGAUAAUAUUUUGGACAUCAUUAGAUCACUUUCUUGGAUCUCCCAGAUAAGAGUUGUGGUUGUGUUUCAGUCUAACUAGUUGUGGUUGUGUUUCAGUCUAACUAGUUGUGGUUGUGUUUCAGUCUAACUAGUUGUGGUUGUGUUGUGGUUGUGUUUCAGUCUAACUAGUUGUGGUUGUGUUGUGGUUGUGUUUCAGUCUAACUAGUUGUGGUUGUGUUGUGGUUGUGUUUCAGACUAACUAGUUGUGGUUGUGUUGUGGUGUUUCAGUCUAACUAGUUGUGGUUGUGUUGUGGUUGUGUUUCAGACUAACUAGUUGUGGUUGUGUUUCAGUCUAACUAGUUGUGGUUGUGUUGUGGUGUGUUUCAGUCUAACUAGUUGUGGUUGUGUUUCAGUCUAACUAUGUUUGUGGGUUGUGUUUCAGUCUAACUAGUUGUGGUUGUGUUUCAGUCUAACUAGUUGUGGUUGUGUUUCAGUCUAACUAGUUGUGGUUGUGUUUCAGUCUAACUAGUUGUGGUUGUGUUUCAGUCUAACUAGUUGUGGUUGUGUUGUGGUUGUGUUUCAGUCUAACUAGUUGUGGUUGUGUUUCAGUCUAACUAGUUGUGGUUGUGUUUCAGUCUAACUAGUUGUGGUUGUGUUUGGUUUUCAGUCUAACUAGUUGUGGUUUGUUUCAGUCUAACUAGUUGUGGUUGUGUGUUUCAGCUAACUAGUUGUGUUGUGUUGUUUGUGUUUCAGUCUAACUAGUUGUGGUUGUGUUGUGGUUGUGUUUCAGUCUAACUAGUUGUGGUUGUGUUUCAGUCUAACUAGUUGUGGUUGUGUUGUGGUUGUGUUUCAGUCUAACUAGUUGUGGUUGUGUUGUGGUUGGUGUUGUGUUUCAGUCUAACUAGUUGUGGUUCUGUUUCAGUCUAACUAGUUGUGGUUGUGUUGUGGUUGUGUUUCAGACUAACUGGUUCUCUGUAGCUCAGCUGGUAGAGCACGGCACUUGUAACGCCAAGGUAGUGGGUUCGAUCCCCGGGACCACCCAUACACAAAAAUGUAUGCACGCAUGACUGUAAGUCGCUUUGGAUAAAAGCGUCUGCUAAAUGGCAUAUUAUUAUAUUAUUAUUAACUAGUUGUGGUUGUGUUGUGGUUGUGUUUCAGUCUAACUAGUUGUGGUUGUGUUGUGGUUGUGUUUCAGUCUAACUAGUUGUGGUUGUGUUUCAGACUAACGCUGGGUAAACCUCUGGGAGAAGGCUGCUUCGGUCAGGUGGUGAUGGCAGAGGCCAUCGGGAUCGACAAGGAGAAACCCAACAAACCCCUCAACGUCGCUGUGAAGAUGCUCAAAGGUUGUUGUUUCAGUUUCAAGUUUUAAUGUUAUGUGCACAAGUACAGUGAAAUGCUUGUCUUACCAGCUCUAACCACAACAAUGCAGUAAUCAAUAUCAAUGUAGUACUAAAAAUAACAAGGUACAACAGAAACACAAUAAAUUAAACUAAGAAAUAUGAAGAACACGAUAAAUUAAGUAAGCCUACUAUAUACAGGGUCAGUUCUAAUAACAUAUUAACAAUGUGCAGGGAUACUGGAGUGAUGGAGGUAGAUAUGUAUAGGGGUAAGGGGACAGGGAUACUGGAGUGAUGGAGGUAGAUAUGUAUAGGGGUAAGGGGACAGGGAUACUGGAGUGAUGGAGGUAGAUAUGUAUAGGGGUAAGGGGACAGGGAUACUGGAGUGAUGGAGGUAGAUAUGUAUAGGGGUAAGGGGACAGGGAUACUGGAGUGAUGGAGGUAGAUAUGUAUAGGGGUAAGGGGACAGGGAUACUGGAGUGAUGGAGGUAGAUAUGUAUAGGGGUAAGGGGACAGGAUACUGGAGUGAUGGAGGUAGAUAUGUAUAGGGGUAAGGGGAUACUGGAGUGAUGGAGGUAGAUAUGUAUAGGGGUAAGGGGACAGGGAUACUGGAGUGAUGGAGGUAGAUAUGUAUAGGGGUAAGGGGACAGGGAUACUGGAGUGAUGGAGGUAGAUAUGUAGAGGGGUCAGGUGACUAGGCUAUGGCUUGGGUUGUUGGAGUCUUUAACGAUUUUCUCUGACGAUUGUAUCUCUGACUGUCUAUCUCCUCAUAGAGAGGCAAAUUAUCUCUGACUGUCUAUCUCCUCAUAGAGAGGCAAAUUAUCUCUGACUGUCUAUCUCCUCAUAGAGAGGCUGAUUAUCUCUGACUGUCUAUCUCCUCAUUGAGAGGCUGAUUAUCUCUGACUGUCUAUCUCCUCAUUGAGAGGCUGAUUUACUCUGACUGUCUAUCUCCUCAUUGAGAGGCUGAUUAUCUCUGACUGUCUAUCUCCUCAUAGAGAAUGACUGUCUCAGUCUAUCUACUCUUCAGGAAAUUACAACUUGAUCUGGAAUUCAAAUGACUUCUUCUCCCUCCCUCCGUCUGUCCAUCUGUCCCCUCUCCCUCCCUCCGUCUGUCCAUCUGUCCCCCUCUCUCUCCCUCCGUCUGUCUGUCCCCUUCUCUCUCCCUCUGUCUGUCUGUCCCCCUCCCUAUCCCUCCCUCUGUCUGUCCCUUCUCUCUCCCUCCCUCUGUCUCUCUCUCUAUCCCUCUGUCUGUCCCCCUCUCUCUCCCUCCCUCUGUCUGUCCCCCUCUCUCUCCCUCUGUCUGUCCCCCUCUCUCUCCCUCUGUCUGUCCCCCUCUCUAUCCCUCUGUCUGUCCCCCUCUCUCUCCCUCUGUCUGUCUGUCCCCCUCUUCUUCUUCCCUCUGCUCCCUGUCUGUCCCCUCUCUAUCCCUCUUCGUGUCGCCCCUCCCUAUCCCUCCUCGUCUGUCUGUCCCCCUCUCUAUCCCUCUGUCUGCCCUCCUUCCCUCUCUCUCCUCCCUCUGUCUCUCCUCUCCCUCCGUCUGUCUGUCCCCUCCCUAUCCCUCCCUCCGUCUGUCUGUCCCCCUCUCUAUCCCUCUGUCUGGUCCCCUUCUCUCUCCCUCCUCUGUCUCUCUCUCCUCCGUCUGUUGUCCCCCUCCUAUCCCUCCUCCGUCUGUUGCCUUCUCUUCCUCUCUGUCUCUCCCUCUCUCGUCUCUCUCUCCCCUCCGUUCGUCUCUGUCCUCUCUUAUCCCUCCCGUCUGUUGUCCCCCUUCUCUCCUCUGUCUUGUCUGUCUGUCCCCCUCUCUCUAUCCCUCCGUCUGUGUGUCCCCCUCUCUCUCCCUCUGUCUGUCUGUCCCCCUCUCUCUCCCUCUGUCUGUCUGUCUGUCCCCCUCUCUAUCCCUCUGUCUGUCCCUUCUCUCUCCCUCCCUCUGUCUCUCUCUCCCUCCGUCUGUCUGUCUGUCUCUCUAUCCCUCCGUCUGUGUGUCCCCCUCUCUCUCCCUCCCUCUGUCUGUCCCCUCCCCCCUCUCUCUCCCUCUGUCUGUGUGUCCCCCUCUCUCUCCCUCUGUCUGUCUGUCCCCCUCUCUCUCCCUCUGUCUGUGUGUCCCCCUCUCUCUCCCUCUGUCUGUCUGUCUGUCUGUCUGUCCCCCUCUCUCUCCCUCUGUCUGUAUGUCCUCUCUCUCUCUCCCUCUGUCUGUGUGUCCCCCUCUCAUCUCCCUCUGUCUGUCUGUGUGUCCCCCCUCUCUCUCCACUCUGUCUGUGUCCCCCUCUCUCUCCCCUUUGUCUGUCUGUCUGUCCCCUCUCUCUCUCCCUCCGUCUGUCGGUCUGUCCCCCUCUCUCUCCCUCUGUCUGUAUGUCCUCUCUCUCUCCCUCUGUCUGUAUGUCCCCCUUUCUCUCCAUCAGACAACGCCACAGAUAAGGACCUGUCAGACCUGGUCUCAGAGAUGGAGAUGAUGAAGAUGAUUGGAAAACACAAAAACAUCCUCAACCUGCUGGGAGCAUGUACACAGGAUGGUAAGUUACAACCUGCUGGGAGCAUGUACACAGGAAGGUAAGUUACAACCUGCUGGGAGCAUGUACACAGGAAGGUAAGUUACAACCUGCUGGGAGCAUGUACACAGGAAGGUAAGUUACAACCUGCUGGGAGCAUGUACACAGGAAGGUAAGUUACAACCUGCUGGGAGCAUGUACACAGGAAGGUAAGUUACAACCUGCUGGGAGCAUGUACACAGGAAGGUAAGUUACAACCUGCUGGGAGCAUGUACACAGGAAGGUAAGUUACAACCUGCUGGGAGCAUGUACACAGGAAGGUAAGUUACAACCUGCUGGGAGCAUGUACACAGGAAGGUAAGUUACAACCUGCUGGGAGCAUGUACACAGGAAGGUAAGUUACAACCUGCUGGGAGCAUGUACACAGGAAGGUAAGUUACAACCUGCUGGGAGCAUGUACACAGGAAGGUAAGUUACAACCUGCUGGGAGCAUGUACACAGGAAGGUAAGUUCAGAGGAAUGCAGAGCGUAUGACCCUGACAUACUGUAACAGCUCAGUGGUCCUCUGAACUUACUAGACUAACCCCUAACCCCUAACCCCUAACCCUCUGGUCCUCUGUAGCUCAGCUGGUAGAGCAUGGCGCUUGUAACGCCAGGGUAGUGGGUUCGAUCCCCGGGACCACCCAUACGUAAAAAUGUAUGCGCACAUGACUGUAAGUCGCUUUGGAUAAAAGUGUCUGCUAAAUGGCAUAUUAUAUUUAACAAAGAGGGCAUUAUACUGUUAACCAUUAUCCAUAUAAAGACAGAGAUGUAUUUACUGAGUGACUAUGUAUCCUCCAGGGGAGGUCGGCUCAUAAUAAUGGCUGGAGUGGAGUGAAAUGGAAUGGUACAUGAAAACCAUGUGUUGGAUAAUAUUCCAUGACUAUGAGCUGUCCUCCCCUCUGCAGCCUCCACUGGUACCCUCCCAGGAUCCCUGUAUGUUCUGGUGUAGUAAGCCUUUAAAGGGAACCUGAGGGUUGGGGUUAGAGUUAACAGGGUUAGAGUUAACAGGGUUAGGGGUUAGAGUUAACAGGGUUAGAGUUAACAGGGUUAGGGUUAACAGGGUUAGGGGUUAGAGUUAACAGGGUUAGAGUUAACAGGGUUAGAGUUAACAGGGUUAGGGGUUAGAGUUAACAGGGUUAGAGUUAACAGGGUUAGGGGUUAGAGUUAACAGGGUUAGAGUUAACAGGGUUAGAGUUAACAGGGUUAGGGGUUAGAGUUAACAGGGUUAGAGUUAACAGGGUUAGGGUUAACAGGGUUAGGGUUAACAGGGUUAGAGUUAACAGGGUUAGGGUUAACAGGGUUAGAGUUAACAGGGUUAGAGUUAACAGGGUUAGAGUUAACAGGGUUAGGGGUUAGAGUUAACAGGGUUAGGGGUUAGAGUUAACAGGGUUAGGGGUUAGAGUUAACAGGGUUAGAGUUACAGGGUUAGAGUUAACGGGUUAGAGUUAACAGGUGUUAGAGUUAACAGGGUUAGGGUUAGGGGUUAGAGUUAACAGGGUUUUAGGGGUUUAGAGUUAACAGGGUUAGGGGUAGGGGUUAGAGUUAACAGGUAGGUUAGGUGUUAGAGUUAACAGAGUUAGAGUUAACAGGGUUAGGUUAACAGGUUAGAGUUAACAGGGUUAGAGUUAACAGGGUUAGGGGUUUAGAGUUACAGGGUUGGUUAGAGUUAACAGGGUUAGAGUUAAACAGGGUUUAGAGUUAACAGGGUUAGAGUUAACAGGGUUAGGGGUUAGAGUUAACAGGGUUAGGGGUUAGAGUUAACAGGGUUAGAGUUAACCAGGUUAGAGUUAACCAGGUUAGAGUUACAGGGUUAGGGGUUAGAUUUAACAGGGUUAGGGGUUAGAGUUAAAAAAACAGGGGUUUUAGGGAGUUAACAGGGUUAGAGUUAACAAGGUUAGAGUUAACAGGGUUAGGGGUUUAGAGUUAACAGGGUUAGGGUUAAACAGGGUUAGGGGUUAGAGUUAACAGGGUUUAGAGUUAACAGGGUUAGAGUUAAACAGGGUUAGGGGUUAGAGUUAACAGGGUUAGAGUUAACAGGGUUAGAGUUAACAGGGUUAGAGUUAACAGGGUUAGAGUUGUUAAACAGGGUUAGAGUUAACAGGGUUAGGGGUUAGAGUUAACAGGGUUAGAGUUAACAGGGUUAGAGGUUAACAGGGUUAGAGUUAAACAGGGUUAGGGGUUAGAGUUAACAGGGUUUAGAGUUAACAGGGGUUAGGGUUAACAAGGUUAGAGUUAAACAGGGUUAGAGUUAACAGGGUAGAGUUAACAAGGUUAGGGUUAACAAGGUUAGAGUUAACAGGGUUAGAGUUAACAGGGUUAGGGUUAACAAGGUUAGAGUUAACAGGGUUAGAGUUAACAAGGUUAGAGUUAACAGGGUUAGGGGUUAGAGUUAACAGGGUUAGGGGUUAGAGUUAACAGGGUUAGAGUUACAGGGUUAGAGUUUAACAGGGUUAGAGUUAACAGGGUUUAGAGUUAACAGGUUCAGAGUUAACAGGGUUAGAGUUAACAGGGUUAGGGUUAGGAGUUAACAGGGUUUAGAGUUAACAGUGGUUAGAGUUAACAGGGUUAGAGUUAACAGGGUUAGAGUUAACAGGGUUAGGGGUUAGAGUUAACAGGGUUAGAGUUAACAGGGUUAGAGUUAACAGGGUUAGAGUUAACAAGGUUAGAGUUAACAGGGUUGGGGGUUAGAGUUAACAGGGUUAGGGUUAACAGGGUUAGAGUUAACAGGGUUAGAGUUAACAAGGUUAGAGUUAACAGGGUUAGGGGUUAGAAGUUAAUAGUUAACAGGGUUAGAGUAACAGGGUUAGAGUUAACAGGGUUAGAGUUAACAAGGUUAGAGUUAACAGGGUUAGGGGUUAGAGUUAACAGGGUUAGGGGUUAGAGUUAACAGGGUUAGGGGUUAGAGUUAACAGGGUUAGAGUUAACAAGGUUAGAGUUAACAGGGUUAGGGGUUAGAGUUAACAGGGUUAGGGUUAGAGUUAACAGGGGUUAGAGUUAACAGGGGUUAGAGUUAACAGGGUUAGAGUUAACAGGGUUAGGGGUUAGAGUUAACAGGGUUAGGGUUAGGGGUUAGAGUUAACAGGGUUAGGGGUUAGGGGUUAUAGUUAAUAGGGUUAGGGUUUAGAGUUAACAGGAUUAGGGGUUAGAGUUAACAGGGUUAGGGGUUAGGGGUUAGGGGUUAGAGUUAACAGGGUUAGGGGUUAGAGUUGACAGGGUUAGGGGUUAGGGGUUAGAGUUAACAGGGUUAGGGGUUAGAGUUAACAGGGUUAGAGUUAACAGGGUUAGAGUUAACAGGGUUAGGGAUUAGAGUUAACAGGGUUAGGGGUUAGAGUUAACAGGGUUAGAGUUAACAGGGUUAGAGUUAACAGGGUUAGGUGUUAGAGUUAACAGGAUUAGGGUUAGGGGUUAGAGUUAACAGGGUUAGGGGUUAGAGUUAACAGGGUUAGGGGUUAGAGUUAACAGGGUUAGGGGUUAGGGGUUAGAGUUAAAAGGGUUAGGGGUUAGAGUUAACAGGGUUAGGGGUUAGAGUUAACAGGGUUAGGGGUUAGAGUUAACAGGGUUAGGGGUUAGGGGUUAGAGUUAACAGGGUUAGGGGUUAGAGUUAACAGGGUUAGGGUUAGGGGUAAGAGUUAACAGGGUUAGGGGUUAGAGUUAACAGGGUUAGGGGUUAGAGUUAACAGGAUUAGGGGUUAGAGUUAACAGGGUUAGGGGUUAGAGUUAACAGGGUUAGGGGUUAGAGUUAACAGGGUUAGGGGUUAGAGUUAACAGGGUUAGGGGUUAGGGGUUAGAGUUAAAAGGGUUAGGGGUUAGAGUUAACAGGGUUAGGGGUUAGAUGUUAACAGGGUUAGGGGUUUAGAGUUUAACAGGGUUAGGGGUUAGGGGUUAGAGUUUAACAGGGUUAGGGGUUAGAGUUAACAGGGUUUAGGGUUAGGGGUAAGAGUUAACAGGGUUAGGGGUUAGAGGUUAACAGGGUUAGGGGUUUAGAGUUAACAUGAUUAGGGGUUAGAAGUUAACAGGGUCGGGGUUAGAGUUGAAACAGGGUUAGGGGGUUAGAGUAAACAGGGGUUAGGGGUUAGAGGUUACCAGGGUUAGGGGUUAGGGGUUAGCGGUUAACAUGGUUAGGGGGAGUUAUAGUUAAUAGGGUGUUAGGUUUAGAGUUAAUCGAGGUAUUUGUGUAGGGGGUUUAGGAGUUAACAGGGUUUAGGGGUUAUGGGGUUUAGGGGUUAGAGUAAACAGGGUUAGGGGUUAGAGUUGACAGGGUUAGGGGUUAGAGUUUAACAGGGUUAGGGGGUUAGGGUUAACAGGGUUAGAUGUUAACAGGUGGUAGGGGUUAGGGUUAACAGGGUUAGAGGUUAACCAGGGUUAGGGGUUAGGGGUUUAGAGUUAACAGGGGUUAGGGGUUAGAGUUAACAGGGUUAGAGUUAACAGGGUUAGGGGUUAGAGUUAAAAGGGUUAGGGGUUAGGGUUAACAAGGUUAGUGGUUAGGGGUUAGAGUUAACAGGGUUAGGGGUUAGGGGUUAUAGUUAAUAGGGUUAGGGUUAGGGGUUAGAGUUAACAGGGUUAGGGGUUAGAGUUAACAGGGUUAGGGGUUAGAGUUAACAGGGUUAGGGGUUAUAGUUAACAGGGUUAGGGGUUAGGGGUUAGAGUUAACAAGGGUUAGGGGUUAGGGGUUAUAGUUAAUAGGGUUAGGGGUUAGAGUUAACAGGGUUAGGGGUUAGGGGUUAGAGUUAACAGGGAUAGGGGUUAGAGUUAACAGGGUUAGGGGUUAGGGGUUAGAGUUAACAGGAUUAGGGGUUAGAGUUAACACGGUUAGAGUUAACAGGGUUAGGGGUUAGGGGUUAGAGUUAACAGGGUUAGGGGUUAGAGUUAGCACGGUUAGAGUUAACAGGGUUAGGGGUUAAAAUCAAAUCAAAUCAAAUUUUAUUGGCCACAUGCGCCGAAUACAACAGGUGCAGACAUUACAGUGAAAUGCUUACUUACAAGCCCUUAACCAACAGUGCAUUUAUUUUUAAUAAAAAAGUAAAAUAAAACAACAACAAAAAAGUGUUGAGUAAAAAAGAGCAGAAGUAAAAUAAAAUAACAGUAGGGAGGCUAUAUACAGUGGGGAAAAAAGUAUUUAGUCAGCCACCAGUUGUGCAAGUUAUCCCACUUAAAAAGAUGAGAGAGGCCUGUAAUUUUCAUCAUAGGUACACGUCAACUAUGACAGACAAAUUUAGAAGAAAAGAAAUCCAGAAAAUCACAUUGUAGGAUUUUUAAUGAAUUUAUUUGCAAAUUAUGGUGGAAAAUAACUAUUUGGUCCCCUACAAACAAGCAAGAUUUCUGGCUCUCACAGACCUGUAACUUCUUAUUUAAGAGGCUCCUCUGUCCUCCACUCAUUACCUGUAUUAAUGGCACCUGUUUGAACUUGUUAUCAGUAUAAAAGACACCUGUCCACAAACUCUCCAAACUCCACUAUGGCCAAGACCAAAGAGCUGUCAAAGGACACCAGAAACAAAAUUGUUGACCUGCACCAGGCUGGGAAGACUGAAUCUGCAAUAGGUAAGCAGCUUGGUUUGAAGAAAUCAACUGUGGGAGCAAUUAUUAGGAAAUGGAAGACAUACAAGACCACUGAUAAUCUCCCUCGAUCUGGGGCUCCACGCAAGAUCUCACCCCGUGGGGUCAAAAUGAUCACAAGAACGGUGAGCAAAAAUCCCAGAACCACACGGGGGCCCAGUAUGAAAAAUAUAAUGUAUGCACUCACUAACUGUAAGUCGCUCUGGAUAAGAGCGUCUGCUAAAUGACUAAAAUGUAAAUGUAAAUGUUGUGAAUGACCUGCAGAGAGCUGGGACCAAAGUAACAAAGCCUACCAUCAGUAACACACUAUGCCGCCAGGGACUCAAAUCCUGCAGCGCCAGACGUGUCCCCCUGCUUAAGCCAGUACAUGUCCAGGCCCGUCUGAAGUUUGCUAGAGUGCAUUUGGAUGAUCCAGAAGAGGAUUGGGAGAAUGUCAUAUGGUCAGAUGAAACCAAAAUAACUUUUUGGUAAAAACUCAACUCGUCGUGUUUGGAGGACAAAGAAUGCUGAGUUGCAUCCAAAGAACACCAUACCUACUGUGAAGCAUGGGGGUGGAAACAUCAUGCUUUGGGGCUGUUUUUUCUGCAAAGGGACCAGGACGACUGAUCCGUGUAAAGGAAAAGAAUGAAUGGGGCCAUGUAUCGUGAGAUUUUGAGUGAAAACCUCCUUCCAUCAGCAAGGGCAUUGAAGAUGAAACGUGGCUGGGUCUUUCAGCAUGACAAUGAUCCCAAACCACACCGCCCGGGCAACGAAGGAGUGGCUUCGUAAGAAGCAUUUCAAGGUCCUGGAGUGGCCUAGCCAGUCUCCAGAUCCCCAUAGAAAAUCUUUGGUGGGAGUUGAAAGUCCGUGUUGCCCAGCGACAGCCCCAAAACAUCACUGCUCUAGAGGAGAUCUGCAUGGAGGAAUGGGCCAAAAUACCAGCAACAGUGUGUGAAAACCUUGUGAAGACUUACAGAAAACGUUUGACCUGUGUCAUUGCCAACAAAGGGUAUAUAACAAAGUAUUGAGAAACUUUUGUUAUUGACCAAAUACUUAUUUUCCACCAUAAUUUGCAAAUAAAUUUAUUUAAAAAUCCUACAAUGUGAUUUUCUGGAGAAAAAAAAUCUCAUUUUGUCUGUCAUAGUUGACGUGUACCUAUGAUGAAAAUUACAGGUCUCUCAUCUUUUUAAGUGGGAGAACUUGCACAAUUGGUGGCUGACUAAAUACUUUUUUCCCCCACUGUAUACAGGGGGGUACCGGUGCAGAGUCAAUGAGCGGGGGCACCGGCUAGUUGAGGUAGUUGAAGUAAUAUGUACAUGUGGGUAGAGUUAAAGUGACUAUGCAUAAAUAAUUAACAGAGUAGCAGCUGCGUAAAAAGAUGGGGUGGGGGGGCAGUGCAAAUAGUCCGGGUAGCCAUGAUUAGCUGUUCAGGAGUCUUAUGGCUUGGGGGUAGAAGCUGUUGAGAAGUCUUUUGGACCUAGACUUGGCACUCCGGUACCGCUUGCCGUGCGGUAGCAGAGAGAACAGUCUAUGACUAGGGUGGCUGGAGUCUUUGACAAUUUUGAGGGCCUUCCUCUGACCACCGCCUGGUAUAGAGGUCCUGGAUGGCAGGAAGCUUGGCCCCAGUGAUGUACUGGGCCGUACGCACUACCCUCUGUAGUGGCCUUGCGGUCGGAGGCCAAGCAGUUGCCAUACCAGGCGGUGAUGCAACCAGUCAGGAUGCUCUCGAUGGUGCAGUUGUAUAAUUUUUUGAGGAUCUGAGGACCCAUGCCGAAUCUUUUCAGUCUCCUGAGGGGGGAAUAGGCUUUGUCGUGCCCUCUUCACGACUGUCUUGGUGUGUUUGGGACCAUGAUAGUUCGUUGGUGAUGUGGACACCAAGGAACUUGAAGCUCUCAAACCGGUUCCACUACAGCCCCGUCGAUGAGAAUGGGGGCGUGCUCAGUCCUCUUUUUUUUUCCUGUAGUCCACAAUCAUCUCCUUUGUCUUGGUCACGUUGAGGGAGAGGUUGUUAUCCUGGCACCACACGGCUGUCUCAUCGUUGUUGGUGAUCAGGCCUACCACUGUUGUGUCGUCGACAAACUUAAUGAUGGUGUUGGAGUGGUGCCUGGCCAUGCAGUCAUAGGUGAACAGGGAGUACAGGAGGGGACUGAGCACGCACCCCUGAGGGGCCCCCGUGUUGAGGAUCAGUGUGGCAGAUGUGUUGUUACCUACCCUUACCACCUGGGGGCGGCCCGUCAGGAAGUCCAGGAUCCAGUUUGCAGGGGGAGGUGUUUAGUCCCAGGAUCCUUAGCUUAGUGAUGAGCUUUGAGGGCACUAUGGUGUUGAAUGCUGAGCUGUAGUCAAUGAAUAGCAUUCUCACGUAGGUGUUCCUCUUGUCCAGGUGGGAAAGGGCAGUGUGGAGUGCAAUAGAGAUGGCAUCAUCUGUGGAUCUGUUGGGGCGGUAUGCAAAUUGGAGUGGGUCUAGAUUUUCUGGGAUAAUGGUGUUGAUGUGAGCCAUGACCAGCCUUUCAAAGCACUUCAUGGCUACAGACGUCAGUGAUACGGGUCGGUAGUCAUUUAGGCAGGUUAUCUUAGUGUCCUUGGGCACGGGGACUAUGGUGGUCUGCUUGAAACAUGUUGGUAUUACAGACUCAGUCAGGGACAUGUUGAAAAUGUCAGUGAAGACACUUGCCAGUUGGUCAGCACAUGCUCGGAGUACACGUCCUGGUAAUCCGUUUGGCCCUGCGACCUUGUGAAUGUUGACCUGCUUAAAAGUCUUACUCACAUCGGCUACGGAGAGCGUGAUCACAUAGUCAUUUGGGGUUAGAGUUAACAGAGUUAGGGUUAGUGGUUAGAGUUAACAGGGUUAGGGGUUAGGGGUUAGAGUUAACAGGGUUAGGGGUUAAAGUUAACAGGGUUAGGGGUUAGGGGUUAGAGUUAACAGGGUUAGGGGUUAGAGUUAACAGGGUUAGGGUUGGGGUUAGAGUUAACAGGGUUAGGGGUUAGGGGUUAGAGUUAGGUGAUUAGGGUUAAAGUUAACAGGGUUAGGGGGUUAGGGUUAGAGUUAACAGGGUUAGGGGUUAGAGUUAACAGGGGUUAGGGGUUUAGAGUUAAAGGGUUAGGGGUUAGGUUACAGGUUUAGGGGUUAGAGUUAACAGGGUUGGGUUAGGGUUAGAGUUAACGGGUUAGGGUUGGGGGGUUUAAAGUUAACAGGGUGGAGGGGUUAGGGUUAGAGUUAAAAGGGAGGGUUAGGGGUUAGAGUGUAACAGGGUUAGGGUUAGAGUUAACAGGGUUAGGGGUUAGAGUUAACAGGGUUAGGGUUAGAGUUAACAGGGUUAGGGGUUAGAGUUAACAGGGUUAGGGUUUAGGGGUUAGCGUUAACAGGGUUAGGGGUUAUAGUUAACAGGGUUAGGGAUUAGAGUUAACAGGGUUAGGGUUAGAGUUAACAGGGUUAGGGGUUAGAGUUAACAGGGUUAGGGAUUAGAGUUAACAGGGUUAGGGUUUAGGGAUUAGAGUUAACAGGGUUAGGGUUUAGGGGUUAGAGUUAACAGGGUUAAGGUUGGUAUAAAGUAUAAAUACAGUAUAUAUAUUCCCCAGGUUCCCUGUACGUGCUGGUGGAGUAUGCGUCUAAAGGGAACCUGAGGGAGUACCUGAGAGCCCGUCGGCCCCCGGGGAUGGACUACUCCUUCGACACCUGUAAGAUCCCUGACGAGCAGCUCACCUUUAAAGACCUGGUGUCCUGUGCCUACCAGGUGGCACGAGGCAUGGAGUACCUGGCCUCACAGAAGGUGGGUGGCAUACUGGUCAUAGUAGGGUUGCAAAAAUCUUUACUUUCCAAAAUUCCCAGGGUUUCUAGAAAUCCUGGUUGGAGAAUUCUGGAUUCGCUGCUUAUUCCCUUCUGAUUCCGGGAAUCUUCCAACCGGGAUUUCUGGAAAACCUUGGAAUUUUGGGAAAGCUACCGGAAUUUUGCAACCCUAGUUCGGAUUAUAUCUGGUCUAUAUGCUACAGUAUGGUAUAAUACAGUCCAGUCCAGUCCAGUCCAGUCCAGUCCAGUCCAGUCUAGUCUAGUCUAGUCUAGUCUAGUCUAGUCUAGUCUAGUCUAGUCUAGUCUAGUCCAGUCCAGUCCAGUCCCAGUCCAGUCCAGUCAAGUCCAGUCAAGUCCAGUCAAGUCCAGUCCAGUGUAUUUAGCCUGACUAAUUGGUUCCUCUUCCUCAGUGUAUCCAUAGAGAUCUGGCAGCCAGGAACGUCCUGGUAACUGAGGACAACGUGAUGAAGAUCGCAGACUUCGUCUGGGAGAUGUGACCUGGAUAAAGGUCCAAACGGUGAGGGGCUUAAAACUGCGUUGGCUAGAUUAUAUGGGAGUCCUAGGGUUCUGCUGUGGAAGGGGGUCAUAGUGGUUAGGGUUAGUAGUCACUGUCUGCUGUGGAAGGCGGGUCAAUAGGUUGGGUUUAGGGUUAGUAGUCACUGUCUGCUGAUGGGAAGGGGUCAAUAGGUUGGGUUAGGGUUAGGUAGGUCACUGUCUGUGAGGAGGGGUCAAUAGGUGGGUUAGGGUUAGUUCACUGUCUGCUGAUGGAAGGGGUGUCAAUAGGUUGGGUAGGGUUAGUAGUCCUGUCUGCUGAUGGAAGGGGUCAAUAGGUUGGUUAGGGUUAGUAGCACUAUGUCUGGGGAUGGAAGGGGGCUGGUCAAUAGGAUGUCUGGUUAGUAAGGGGCACUGUGUGAGGAGGGUCAUAGGUGGGGUUAGGGGUUAGUAAUACUGGCUGAUGGUAAGAGGGUAAAGGUUGGGGUUAGGGUUAGUAGUCCACUGUCUGCUGAUGAAAGGGGUCAAUAGGUUGGGUUAGGGUUAGUAGUCAUGUCUGCUGAUGGAAGGGGUCAAUAGGUUGGGUUAGGGUUAGUAGUCACUGUCUGCUGAUGGAAGGGGUCAAUAGGUUGGGUUAGGGUUAGUAGUCACUGUUGCGAUGGAGAGGCCGGUCAAGGUUGGGUUAUGGGGUUUUAGUCACUGUCUGCAGUGGAAAGGGGGUUCAAUUAGGUGGGUUAGGUAAGUAGUCAUGUUGUGAUGGGGGUGUCGGUUGGGUUUGGGUUAGUAGCACAUGUUGGAUGGAGGGGUCUUGGUUUGGGUUAGGGUUAGUGGGUGUUCCUUUGUAUGGAAGGUCAAUAGGUUGGGUUAGGGUUUAUUCUUGUCUGUGAUGGAAGGGUCAAUAGGUGGGUUGGGUUGUUAUGUCACUGUUGCUGGUGGAGGGGUCAUGGUUGGGUUAGGGGUAGAGUCCUGUGUGUGAUGGAAGGGGUCAAUAGUUGGUUAGGGUUAGAGUCACUGUCUGGAGGGGGUCAUUAGGUUGGUUAGGGUAAUAGUCACUGUGGCUGAUGAAGGGCCUGGUCAAUAGGUUUUGGUUUAGGUUUAGGGUAGUGGGUUUCUGCUGAUGGAAGGGAUAGUGGGGUGGGUGUAGGGUUGUAUGUCUCUGUGUUUUGGGGUGCAAAAGGUUUGGGUUGGUUGGUUAGUGCGCUUUGCCUGAUGGAAGGGGUCAAUAGGUUGGGUUAGGGUUCGUGUCACUGUCCCGGAUGGAAGGGGUAAUAGGUUGGAGGACAGUAGGUCAGUCUGCGAUGGAAGGGCACUGGUCAAGGUGGUUGGGUUAGUAUCACUGUCUGCUGAUGGAGGGGUCAAUAGUUGGGUUAGGUUAGGUCAUGUUAUUGAUGGAAGGGUCAAUAGUUGGGUUAGGGUUAGUAUCAAUCAAUAUCUGAUUGAAGGCCGUCAAUAGCGUGGUUAGGGUAUAGCACUGUCUGGUAAGGGGUACAAUAGGGUUGGGUUAGGGUUAGUAGUCACUGUCUGCUGAUGGAAGGGUCAAUAGGUGGGUUAGGGUUAGUAGUCACUGUCCUGCUGAUGGAAGGGGUCAAUAGGUUGGUUAGGUAGUAGUCACUGUCUGCUGAUGGAAGGGGUCAAUAGGUUGGGUUAGGGUUAGUAGUCACUGUCUGCUGAUGGAAGGGCCCGGUCAAUAGGUUGGGUUAGGGUUAGUAGUCACUGUCUGCUGAUGGAAGGGGUCAAUAGGUUGGGUUAGGGUUAGUAGUCACUGUCUGCUGAUGGAAGGGGUCAAUAGGUUGGGUUAGGGUUAGUAGUCACUGUCUGCUGAUGGAAGGGGUCAAUAGGUUGGGUUAGGGUUAGUAGUCACUGUCUGCUGAUGGAAGGGGUCAAUAGGUUGGGUUAGGGUUAGUAGUCACUGUCUGCUGAUGGAAGGGGUCAAUAGGUUGGGUUAGGGUUAGUAUAUCAUGUUUCGAGGGGGCCGGUCAAUAGGUUGGGUUAGGGUUAGUAGUCCUGUCCUUUUAUGGAAGGGGUCAAAAGUUGGGGAGGGGGAGUAGUCCGUUGUGAUGGAAGGGGUCAAAAGGUUGGGGUUAGGGUUUGAGUCAUGUUGCUGAGGGGAAAGGGGCAAAAGGUUGGGUUUGGGUUUGUAGUCACUGUUUGCUGAUGGAAGGGCCUGGCAAAGGUGGGUUUUGGGUUGUAGCAUGUCUGCUGUGGAAAGGGGGGCCAAAAGGUUUGGGUUUGGGUUAGUAGUCACGUUGCGAGGAAGGGGUCAAUAGGGUUGGGGGUUUGGUUAGAGUCCUGUCUGUGAUGGAAGGGGUAAUGGGUUUGGGUUAGGGGGUUUGUAGUAUGUUGCUGAUGGAAGGGGUCAAUAGGUUGGGUUUGGGGUUAGGUCCUGUCUGCUUUAGGGAAAGGGGCAAAGGUUUUGGGUUUGGGUUUUGUAGUCCGUCUCUGAUGGAAGGGGUCAAUAGGUUGGGUUAGUAUGGGGGGGUGUCCUUUCUGUUAUGGGUAAGACAGUGAUUGGGGGGUGUUUCCUUUCUGUUAUGGGUAAGACUGUGAUUGGGGGGUGUUUCCUUUCUGUUAUGGGUAAGACAGUGAUUGGGGGGUGUUUCCUUUAUGUUAUGGGUAAGACAGUGAUUGGGGGGUGUUUCCUUAUGUUAUGGUAAGACUGUGAUUGGGGGGUGUCCUUUCUGUUAUGGGUAAGACAGUGAUUGGGGGGUGUUUCCUUUCUGUUAUGGGUAAGACAGUGAUUGGGGGGUGUUUCCUUUAUGUUAUGGGUAAGACAGUGAUUGGGGGGUGUUUCCUUUAUGUUAUGGGUAAGUGUUUCCUUUAUGUUAUGGGUAAGACUGUGAUUGGGGGGUGUUUCCUUUCUGUUAUGGGUAAGACUGUGAUUGGGGGAUGUGGGUGUGAGUGGUUUAUCUGUUAUGUAUUUUCUGUGUGUUUUGAUUCGUCGUGCUGACACAGCGGUUCUGUUGUCUGUGUGUUGUUGCAGGGUCGUCUGCCCGUGAAAUGGAUGGCACCAGAGGCUCUGUUCGACCGCAUCUACACGCACCAGAGCGAUGUGUAAGUUGACACAGCCAGCCACACAGUAGGUCUGGUCUGCUCAUGUAGAGCGAUACGCAGGACAGUAGGAAUGUGUUGUAAUAUCAUGACUUAGCCUCAAUUACCAUCAAAACAUUCCUGCGUGUGAAUAUACAUUUAUUUAUCUCAGUCCUGUUGUAUCAGUCCUGUUGUAUCAAUCAAUCAAUCAAAUGUAUUUAUGAAGCCCUUUUUACAUCAGCAGAUGUCACUAAGUGCUAUACAGAAACCCAGCCUAAAACUCCAAACAGCAAGCAAUAGAGAUGUAGAAGCACAGUGGCUAGGAAAAACUCCCUAGAAAGGCAGGAACCUAGGAAGAAACCUAGAGAGGAACCAGGCUCUGAGGGGUGGCCAGUCCCCUUCUGGCUGUGCCGGGUGGAGAUUAUAACAGUACAUGGCCAUUAAGGCCAGAUUAUUCUUAAAAUCAAAUCACAUUUUAUUUGUCACGUGCGCCGAAUACAACCUUACCGUGAAAUGCUUCAAGAUGUUCAAACAUUCAUAGAUGACCAGAAGGGUCAAAUAAUAAUCAGUGGUUGCAACAGGUCAGUACAUCAGGAGUAAAUGUCACUUGGCUUUUCAUAGCCGAGCAUUCAGAGGUCGAGACAGCAGGUGCAGUAGAGAGAGAGAGAGAGUUGUAAACAGCAGGUCUGGGACAAGGUAGCUCGUCCGGUGAACAGGUCAGGGUUCCAUAGCCGCAGGCAGAACAGUGGAAACUGGAGCAGCAGCACGACCAGGUGGACUGGGGACAGCCAGGAGUCAUCAGGCCAGGUAGUCCUGAGGCAUGGUCCUAGGGCUCAGGUCCUCCAGGAGGGGAGGGAGAGAGGGAGAGAGGGAGAGGACUGGGGACAGCCAGGAGUCAUCAGGCCAGGUAGUCCUGAGGCAUGGUCCUAGGGCUCAGGUCCUCCGGGAUGAGAGGGAGAGAGGGAGAGGACUGGGGACAGCCAGGAGUCAUCAGGCCAGGUAGUCCUGAGGUAUGGUCCUAGGGCUCAGGUCCUCCAGGAGGGGAGGGAGAGAGAGAGAAUUUGAGGGAGCAUACUUAAAUUCACACAGGACACCGGAUAAGACAGGAUAAUAACACCAGAUAUAACAGACUGACCCUUGCCCCCCAGCAUAUAGAAUAUUACAGCAUAGAUACUGGAGGCUGAGACAGGGGGGGGUUGGGGGACACUGUGACCCCCGGACAGGGCCAACCAGGCAGGAUAUAACCCCACCCACUUUGCCAAAGCACAGCCCCCACACCACCAGAGGGAUAUCAACAGACCAACAACCUACUAUCCUGAGACAAGGCUGAGUAUAGUCAAGAUUCUAGCAGCUGUGUUUAGCACUAACUGAAGUUUAUUUAGUACUUUAUCCGGGUAGCCGGAGAGUAGAGCAUUGCAGUAGUCUAAUCUAGAAGUGACAAAAGCAUUGAUUAGCUUUUCUGCAAAAAGUUUCAGAUUUUUGCAAUGUUACAAAGAUGGAAAAAAGCUGUCCAUUAAAUAUUCUUGAUAUGUUCGUCAAAAGAGAGAUCAGGGUCCAGAGUAACGCCAAGGUCCUUCACAGUUUUAUUUGAGACGACUGUACCACCAUCAACAUUAACUGUCAGAUCCAACAGCAGAUCUCUUUGUUUCUUGGGACCUAGAACUAGCAUGUCUGUUUUGUCCGAGUUUAAAAGUAAAAUAUUUGCCGCCAUCCACUUCCUUAUGUCUGAAACACAGGCUUCCAGUGUAGGCAAUUUUGUGGUUCACCAUGUUUCCUCAAAAUGUACAGCUGUGAAAGUUGACAUUGUGUUUCCGAAUGACAUCACCAAGAGGUAGAAUAUGUAGUGAAAACAAUAGUGGUCCUAAAACGGAACAUUGAGGAACACCGAAACAUACUAUUGAUUUGUCAGAGGACAAACCAUCCACAGAGACUAACUGAUAUCUUUCCGACAGAUAAGAUCUAAACCAGGCAAGAACUUGUCCGUGUCGACCAAUUAGGGUUUCCAAUCUCUCCAAAAGAAUGUGGUGAUCGAUGGUGUUAAAAGCAGCACUAAGGUCUAAGAGCACGAGGACAGAUGCAGAGCCUUGGUCUGACGCCAUUAAAAGGUCAUUUACCACCUUCACGAGUGCAGUGAUGGGGUCUAAAACCAGACUGAAGGAUUUCUUAUGCAUUAUUGGUCUUCAGGAAGGCAGUGAGUUGCUGCACAACAGCUUUUUCAAAAAAAAUUGAGUGGAAUGAGAGAUUCGAUAUAGGCCGAUUUAGUUCUUUACAUUUUCUGGGUCACGGUUUGGGUUUUUCAAGAGAGGCUUUAUUACUGCCACUUUAGUGAGUUUGGUUCACAUCCAGUGGAUAGGGAGCCGUUUAUUAUGUUCAACAUAGGAGGGCCAAGCACAGGAAGUAGCUCUUUCAGUAGUUUAGUUGGAAUAGGGUCCAGUAUGCAGCUUGAAGGUUUAGAGGCCAUGACUAUUUUCAUGAAUGUGUCGAGAGAUACAGGAUUAAAAAACUUGAGUGCAUUUAAUGCAUUUAAUAACACUGCGACCAGUAUGUGGAGUUGAGUUAAGGCUUGUUGGGAGGGAUGCAUUUAAUAACGCUGUGACCAGUAUGUGGAGUUGAGUUAAGGCUUGUUGUGAGGGAUGCAUUUAAUAACAUUGCGACCAGUAUGUGGAGUUGAGUUAAGGCUUGUUGUGAGGGAUGCAUUUAAUAAUGCUGCGACCAGUAUGUGGAGUUGAGUUAAGGCUUGUUGGGAUGCAUUUAAUAAGAUAUGAAUAUAAAAUCAAGACAACAGCUGAACCAUGUUACUGCUUCAGUGCUCUUUGACCUCUGACCUGUGCUCCCUCCCUCUCUCCAGGUGGUCCUAUGGGGUGCUGCUCUGGGAGAUCUUCACCCUGGGGGGGUCCCCGUACCCCGGCAUCCCUGUCGAGGAGCUGUUCAAACUGCUGAAAGAGGGCCACCGCAUGGACAAGCCUGCCAACUGCACACAUGAACUGUAGGUCAUGUUUAUGUAACAGAUGUUUCAUCUCUCUUGCGUUGUGUAAUAUAGAAAGGAACACCAACCACCGGUCCCAGUUGACCAGUAGUUUAUUUUCUGACAAUAGAUAGCAAACAGCACAUUAGAUGUGCAGGGCUCAGUGAUGUUGAUGGCUGUCGAUAGCAUGAAUCACUUGCAUAUUAAUAUCAGACUGGGUCUUUUAUCAUCAUUGAUCACAAUAACAAAAAUAUGACAAAAUACGAUGUGUAAAUACCUGACAGUAGAGAGGAAACAGCAAAAACAAUAAAAGAUAUAUAUAUAUAUAUACAUGUUAUAUACACUACCGGUCAAAAGUUUUAGAACACCUGCUCAUUCAAGGGUUUUUCUUUAUUUUUACUAUUUUCUACAUUGUAGAAUAAUACAUAUGGAAUCAUUUAGUAACCAAAAAAGUGUUAAACAAAUCAAAAUAUAUUUUAUAUUUGAGAUUCUUCAAAUAGCCACCCUUUGGCUUGAUGACAGCUUUGCACACUCUUGGCAUUCUCUCAACCAGCUUCACCUGGAAUGCUUUUCCAACAGUCUUGAAGGAGUUCCCACAUAUGCUGAGCACUUGUUGGCUGCUUUUCCUUCACUCUGCGUUCCGACUCAUCCCAAACCAUCUCAAUUGGGUUGAGGUCAGGGGAUUGUGGAGGCCAGGUCAUCUGAUGCAGCACUCCAUCACUUUCCUUCUUGGUCAAAUAGCCCUUACACAGCCUGGAGGUGUGUUGGGUCAUUGUCCUGUUGAAAAACAAAUGAUAUGUCCCACUAAACCCAAACCAGAUGGGAUGGCGUAUCGCUGCAGAAUGCUGUGGUAGCCAUGCUGGUUAAGUGUGCCUUGAAUUCUAAAUAAAUCACAGACAGUGUCACCAGCAAAGCACCCCAACACCAUAACACUUCCCCCUCCAUGCUUUACGAUGGGAAAUACAGAUGCGGAGAUCAUCCGUUCACCCACACCGCGUCUCACAAAGACACGGCGGUUGGAACCAAAAAUCUCUUAUUUGGACUCCAGACCAAAGGACUAAUUACCACCGUUCUAAUGUCCAUUGCUCAUGUUUCUUGGCCCAAGCAGGUCUCUUCUUCUUAUUGGUGUCCUUUAGUAGUGGUUUCUUUGCAGCAAUUCGACCAUGAAGGUCUGAUUCAUACACUCUCCUCUGAACAGUUGAUGUUGAGAUGUGUCUGUUAAUUAAACUCUGUGAAGCAUUCUUUUGGGCUGCAAUUUUUGGGCAGCAGAGGUAACUCUGGGUCUUCCAUUCCUGUGGUGGUCCUCAUGAGAGCCAGUUUCAUCAUAGCGCUUGAUGGUUUUUGCGACUGCACUUGAAGAAACUGUCAAAGUUCUUGAAAUUUUCCGGAUUGACUGACGUUCAUGUCUUAAAGUAAUGAUGGACUGUCGUUUCUCUUUGCUUAUUUGAGCUGUUCUUGCCAUAAUAUGGACUUGGUCUUUUACCAAAUAGGGCUAUCUUCUGUAUAUACCCCCCCCCCCCCCCCCCCCCCCCCCACCUUGUCACAACACAACGGAAUGGCUCAAACACAUUAAGAAGGAAAGAAAUUCCACAAAUUAACUUUUAAGAAGGCACACCUGUUAAUUGAAACGCAUUCCAGGUGACUACCUCAUGAAGCUGGUUGAGAGAAUGCCAAGAGUGUGCAAAGCUGUCAUCAAGGCAAAGGUGGCUAUUUGAAGAAUCUCAAAUAUAAAAUAUAUUUUGAUUUGUUUAACACUUUUUUGGUUACUACAUGAUUCCAUAUGUGUUAUUUCAUAGUUCUGAUGUCUUCACUAUUAUUCUACAAUGUAGAAAAUAGUAAAAAUAAAGAAAAACCCUUGAAUGAGUAGGUGUUCUGAAACGUUUGACUGGUAGUGUAUAUAUAUAUAUAUAUAUGAGAAUGGAUAAAUGGAACAGAGUCAAACAUGGUUUCCAUAUGUUUGAUACAUUCGAUGUAAUCCAUUCCAGCCAUUACAAUGAGCCCAUCCUCCUAUAGCUCCUCCCACCAGCCUCCACUAAUAGAUGUUUUACUGUCACAUCCACUGGAUAGGUGCUGUGAAAUGUGUUGUUUUACAGGAUCAGCCAUAGCAGUACGGUGCCCCUGGAGCUAAUUAGGGUUAAGUGCCUUGCUCAAGGGCACAUCGACAGAUUUGUCACUUUUGGUUUCACUCUAACCGCUAGGCUACCUGCCACUGUUAUAUAGAUGUGCAGGGCUCAAUGAUGUUGAUGGCUGUCGAUAGCAUGAAUCUGUAACAACAACUCUGUAUUAGCUAAUGCGGCCAUUACAUCUAGCGCAUGCUAGCUAACUCACGUAUACAGCAAUAACAGACAUUACAUCUAGAGCAUGCUAGCUAACUCACUUAUACAGCAAUAACAGACAUUACGUCUAGAGCAUGCUAGCUAACUCACUUAUACAGCAAUAACAUACAUUACAUCUAGAGCAUGCUAGCUAACUCACUUAUACAGCAAUAACAGACAUUACGUCUAGAGCAUGCUAGCUAACUCACUUACACAGCAAUAACAGACAUUACAUCUAGAGCAUGCUAGCUAACUUACUUAUACAGCAAUAACAGACAUUACGUCUAGAGCAUGCUAGCUAACUCACUUAUACAGCAAUAACAGACAUUACGUCUAGAGCAUGCUAGCUAACUCACUUAUACAGCAAUCAUACAUACAAAAGCACAUCGCAGAAAGCCCCCAAUAUCAAACAGGUACCACACGUACGUAUACACUCAGUGGCCAAUUUAUUAGGUACACCCAUUUAGUACCUGGUCGGACCCCCCUUUGCCUCCAGAACAGCCUGAAGGAUUCUGCAAAAUGUCAUAAACGUUUGUUGCUCAAUUGUUAUCAAAGGACCUAAAGUGCCAGGAAAAUAUUCCCCACACCAGUACACCACCACCACCAGCCUGUACCGUUGAAACCAGGCAGGAUGGGGCCAUGGACUCAUGCUGCUUAUGACAAAUCCUGACUCUGCCAUCAGCAUGAUGCAACAGGAACCAGGAUUUGUCGGACCAAGAGAUGUUUUUGCACUCCUCAGUUGUCCAGUGUUGGUGAUGGUGUUCCCACUGGAGACGAUUCUUCUUGUUUUAGGCUGAUAGGAGUGGAACCCGGUGUGGUCGUCUGCUGCAAUAACCCAUCCGUGACAAGGAUUGAAGAGUUGUGCGUUCCGAGAUGCCGUUCUGUACACAGCUGUUGUACCGCGCUGUUAUUGGUCUGUUUUUGGCCCACCUAUUAACUUGCACGAUUCUUGCCCGUCUCCUACGACCUCUCUCGUCAACAAGCUGUUUUCACCCACAGGACUGCCGCUGACUGGAUAUUUUUAGUUUGUCCAACCAUUCUCGGUAAACGCUAGACACUGUCGUGGUGAAAAGCCCAGGUGGACGUCUGUUUCUGAGACAUGGGAUCCGGCCCGACUGGAACCGACAAUCAUACAACGCUCAAAGUUGCUUAGGUCACUCGUUUUGCCCAUUCUAAUGUUCAAUCAAACAGAACGGAAUGCCUCGAUGCCUGUCUGCCUGCUUUAUAUAGCAAGCCACGGCCACGUGACUCACUGUCUGUAGGAGCGAUACAUUUGUGUGAAUGGGGUGUACCUAAUAAACUGUCCGGUGGGUCUAUUUACAUCAGGAAAUGUACCUAGUGAACUCGUACACAUUGUAAAUAUGAAAAUGGAAUACAGUAUUUCAGAACAUGACCUACCACUUGCAUGUCAAUAUCAGACUGGGAAGAAUUGACGUUCGCGAUCUCCUCCUAUCUGCAAGCCAAUGAUCUUACACCCUGACAUCUGACUUAAUCCAACCAAUUAGAAUACAUAAACAUUAAGUACACAUUUCUGCAGUGGCAAGUGAAAACAUAACUAGCCCUGUUACAUUUAUGACCUGUAUAGACACCUUUAGAAUCACAUCGACAUUAUCUCCGGAGCAGUUUGAGAUGAAUGCACGGUGUCUGUCUGUGGAAUUCUCAUUUGGAUGUACAGCAGGUCAUACAGUGAGUGUUGUGUAUGGCCUGUAUUCACUGUGUUGUGUAUGGCCUGUAUUCACUGUGCUGUAUUGUAACUGUUGUGUCUCUGUAGGUAUAUGAUCAUGAGGGAGUGCUGGCACGCUGUUCCAUCCCAGAGGCCUACCUUCAGGCAGCUGGUGGAAGACCAUGACAGGGUUCUAUCCAUGACCUCCACGGACGUAAGUCACAACUAUAAACACAAUAACUAUAACCCCAGAUAACUGUCUAACCCUAACCCCAGAUUACUAACCCUAGAUAACUGUCUAACCCUAACCCCAGAUUACUAACCACAGAUAACUGUCUAACCCUAACCCCAGAUUACUAACCCCAGAUAACUGUCUAACUAUAACCCCAGAUGACUAACCCUAGAUAACUGUCUAACCCUAACCCCAGAUUACUAACCACAGAUAACUGUCUAACCCUAACCCCAGAUUACUAACCCCAGAUAACUGUCUAACCCUAACCCCAGAUGACUAACCCCAGAUAACUGUCUAACUAUAACCCCAGAUUACUAACCCUAGAUAACUGUCUAACCCUAACCCCAGAUUACUAACCCUAGAUAACUGUCUAACCCUAACCCCAGAUUACUAACCACAGAUAACUGUCUAACCCUAACCCCAGAUUACUAACCCCAGAUAACUGUCUAACUAUAACCCCAGAUGACUAACCCUAGAUAACUGUCUAACCCUAACCCCAGAUUACUAACCACAGAUAACUGUCUAACCCUAACCCCAGAUUACUAACCCAGAUAAACUGUCUAACCCUAAACCCCAGAUGACUAACCCCAGAUAACUGUCUAACUAUAACCCCAGAUUACUAACCCUAGAUAACUGUCUAACCCUAACCCCAGAUUACUAACCCUAGAUAAACUGUCUAACCCUAACCCCAGAUUACUAACCCCAGAUAACUGUCUACCCUAACCCCAGAUACUAACCCCAAUAACUGUCUAACCCUAACCCCAGAUGACUAACCCCAGAUAACUGUCUAACUAUAACCCCAGAUUACUAACCCUAGAUAACUGUCUAACCCUAACCCCAGAUUACUAACCCUAGAUAACUGUCUAACCCUAACCCCAGAUUACUAACCCCUAAUGCGGCCAUUACAUCUAGCGCAUGCUAGCUAACUCACUUACACAGCAAUAACAGACAUUACGUCUAGAGCAUGCUAGCUAACUCACUUAUACAGCAAUAACAAUUACAUCUAGAGCAUGCUAGCUAACUCACUUACACAGCAAUAACAGACAUUACGUCUAGAGCAUGCUAGCUAACUCACUUACACAGCAAUAACAGACAUUACAUCUAGAGCAUGCUAGCUAACUCACUUAUACAGCAAUAACAGACAUUACAUCUAGCGCAUGCUAGCUAACUCACUUAUACAGCAAUAACAGACAUUACAUCUAGAGCAUGCUAGCUAACUCACUUAUACAGCAAUAACAGACAUUACGUCUAGAGCAUGCUAGCUAACUCACUUAUACAGCAAUAACAAUUACAUCUAGAGCAUGCUAGCUAACUCACUUAUACAGCAAUGACAGACAUUACAUCUAGAGCAUGCUAGCUAACUCACUUAUACAGCAAUAACAGACAUUACAUCUAGCGCAUGCUAGCUAACUCACUUAUACAGCAAUAACAGACAUUACAUCUAGAGCAUGCUAGCUAACUCACUUAUACAGCAAUAACAAUUACAUCUAGAGCAUGCUAGCUAACUCACUUAUACAGCAAUAACAAUUACAUCUAGAGCAUGCUAGCUAACUCACUUAUACAGCAAUAACAGACAUUACGUCUAGAGCAUGCUAGCUAACUCACUUAUACAGCAAUAACAGACAUUACAUCUAGAGCAUGCUAGCUAACUCACUUAUACAGCAAUAACAGACAUUACAUCUAGAGCAUGCUAGCUAACUCACUUAUACAGCAAUAACAUACAUUACAUCUAGCGCAUGCUAGCUAACUCACUUAUACAGCAAUAACAGACAUUACAUCUAGCGCAUGCUAGCUAACUCACUUAUACAGCAAUAACAGACAUUACAUCUAGAGCAUGCUAGCUAACUCACUUAUACAGCAAUAACAGACAUUACAUCUAGAGCAUGCUAGCUAACUCACGUAUACAGCAAUAACAGACAUUACGUCUAGAGCAUGCUAGCUAACUCACUUAUACAGCAAUAACAGACAUUACAUCUAGAGCAUGCUAGCUAACUCACUUAUACAGCAAUAACAGACAUUACAUCUAGAGCAUGCUAGCUAACUCACUUAUACAGCAAUAACAGACAUUACAUCUAGCGCAUGCUAGCUAACUCACUUAUACAGCAAUGACAGACAUUACAUCUAGAGCAUGCUAGCUAACUCACUUAUACAGCAAUAAAAUCAAAUCAAAUCAAAUUUUAUUGGUCACAUGCGCCGAAUACAACAGGUGCAGACAUUACAGUGAAAUGCUUACUUACAGCCCUUAACCAACAGUGCAUUUAUUUUAAACAAAAAAGUAAGAAUAAAACAACAACAAAAAAGUGUUGAGAAAAAAAGAGCAGAAGUAAAAAAUAAAGUGACAGUAGGGAGGCUAUAUAUACAAUAGAAUAAAGUGACAGUAGGGAGGCUAUAUAUACAGGGGGGUACCGUUGCAUAGUCAAUGUGCGGGGGCACCGGCUAGUUGAGGUAAUAUGUACAUGUGGGUAGAGUUAAAGUGACUAUGCAUAAAUACUUAACAGAGUAGCAGCAGCGUAAAAAGGAUGGGGUGGGGGGGCAGUGCAAAUAGUCCGGGUAGCCAUGAUUAGCUGUUCAGGAGUCUUAUGGCUUGGGGGUAGAAGCUGUUGAGAAGUCUUUUGGACCUAGACUUGGCACUCCGGUACCGCUUGCCGUGCGGUAGCAGAGAGAACAGUCUAUGACUAGGGUGACUGGAGUCUUUGACAAUUUUGAGGGCCUUCCUCUGACACCGCCUGGUAUAGAGGUCCUGGAUGGCAGGGAGCUUUGCCCCAGUGAUGUACUGGGCCGUACGCACUACCCAAUAACAAUUACAUCUAGAGCAUGCUAGCUAACUCACGUAUACAGCAAUAACCUCUAUAUAAAACUAAUACAACUCUAACAUUAUCUCUAGAGUACCAGAAUUCCUCACAAGGAUAAGGAUUGUAAAACAAGGAAUAUUUGGGGAUUUUUUGCCGGUCCCCAUAAGUAAAAAGGCUAUAUUAGGCUUAGGGGUUAGGGUUAGGGUUAGUGUUAGGGUUAGGGUUAGGGUUAGGGUUAGGGUUAUGUUAAGGGUUAGGUUUAUGGUUAGGGUUAGUGUUCGGUUUAGGGUUAGGAGUUAGGGUUAGGGUUUUGGGGUUAAGGUUAGGGUUAUGUUAAGUGUUAGGUUUAGGAUUAAGGAAAAUAGGAUUUUGAAUUGGAAUCAAUUGUUUGGUCCCUACAAGGAUAGUUAAACAAACGUGAGUACCUGGACCUGUCUGUUCUAACACUGUGUGUUGUGUUGGUUCCUUCAGGAGUACCUGGACCUGUCUGUUCUAACACUGUGUGUUGUGUUGGUUCCUUCAGGAGUAUCUGGACCUGUCUGUUCUAAUGCUGUGUGUUGUGUUACUACAGGAGUACCUGGACCUGUCUGUUCUAAUGCUGUGUGUUGUGUUACUACAGGAGUACCUGGACCUGUCUGUUCUAAUGCUGUGUGUUGUGUUACUACAGGAGUACCUGGACCUGUCUGUUCUAACACUGUGUGUUGUGUUGGUUCCUUCAGGAGUACCUGGACCUGUCUGUUCUAACACUGUGUGUUGUGUUGGUUCCUUCAGGAGUACCUGGACCUGUCUGUUCUAAUGCUGUGUGUUGUGUUACUACAGGAGUACCUGGACCUGUCUGUUCUAAUGCUGUGUGUUGUGUUACUACAGGAGUACCUGGACCUGUCUGUUCUAAUGCUGUGUGUUGUGUUACUACAGGAGUACCUGGACCUGUCUGUUCUAAUGCUGUGUGUUGUGUUACUACAGGAGUAUCUGGACCUGUCUGUUCUAAUGCUGUGUGUUGUGUUACUACAGGAGUACCUGGACCUGUCUGUUCUAAUGCUGUGUGUUGUGUUACUACAGGAGUAACCUGGACCUGUCUGUUCUAAUGCUGUGUGUUGUGUUACUACAGGAGUACCUGGACCUGUCUGUUCUAAUGCUGUGUGUUGUGUUACUACAGGAGUACCUGGACCUGUCUGUUCUAAUGCUGUGUGUUGUGUUGUGUUACUACAGGAGUAUCUGGACCUGUGUGUCCCGUUUGAGCAGUACUCUCCAACCUGCCAAGACUCCAGCAGCACCUGUUCCUCAGGAGAUGACUCCGUGUUCUCUCACGACCCCCUCCCCACGACCCACGACAUGACCAACCCUGCCUCCCCAUGACCCCAUCCCUUAUCAAUGCUGCCUCCCCUGGAC